GGUCAGAAAACAGGUUAUUAGAAAAAAUUAACGCGGAAGUUGACAUAGAUCUAGAUCUAGACAUAUAGAAUAUAGAUCUAGCUAGAAUCUAGAAAAAAUCUAGAUCUAGUCUAGUUGAAAACGAAUCGAGAUUCUAGACAAGAACUAUCUAGAUCUUGAUUUAGAUCUAGUCUAGAUCCUGUAUAAGACUAAGUAGAUCUAGUAAGUAAAAUGGCACUCUCAGAUGAUGAAAUAGAGCUACGUAACUUAAAAAGAGAGCUAGAUGAUAACUUUAAGCCUAUUUUUGAUAAGCAUGACAAUAACCUAGCCAUUGGAGAUUUGCGACAGGAACUAGAAGAAGCAGGUUUGCUAGAGCAUAUACAAGAAUCACGCAUGAAUCAACUUCUUGAAAAAGCAGACAGUAAUGCAGAUCAUCAGAUAAACUACAGUGAGUUUUACAGAAUGAUGACACAAGACCUUACAAAGGAUGAGCGAAAGCCUUUUCGUCGUAUAAUGAGAACAGCUAUAGCAUCUAUUAUACCCAGAAGGCAGCGUGAAGAUUUCUUGGCCAAUUAUAAUUGCUGUCCACCACCCAUUUUUAUUCCACUUAUUAGUGCUGCAGAGAUUGUUGUGUUUAUAAUCUACGUGUUUGACCUGAGAGAAAGAGGACAAGAGACAACUGCAACAAGUGGAGUGGCAAUGUACAGUCCACUAGUAUACAAAGCUAAUAGAAGAUAUGAGGCAUGGAGAUUUGUUACAUACAUGCUUAUGCACCAAGGAUACUUGCAUAUUAUUUCCAACAUUGGGUUUCAAAUUCUUUUUGGCAUAUCAUUAGAAGUGGUUCAUAAAUGGUGGAGAGUUGCUAUCGUCUACUUACUCGGAGUUAUUGCUGGAUGUUUAGCCCAUUCCAUCAGUGACCAUAGUGUAGGACUUGUUGGUGCAAGUGGUGGUGUGUAUGCUAUACUUGGAGCUCAUGUCGCAGCUAUAGUUAUAAACUGGAAAGAGAUGAACUACAAAUGUAUGGAUUCAAAUGAAAUGGAAGAUAAUGUUUGCUGUGGCAUUGCACGUGUUCUACUAAGUGCUCCAGUUAGACUAGCUAUAAUUCUUCUCCUUGUUGUCCCUGAUACAAGUGUGGCAAUUUACCGACGUGUCUCAGAACCAGACAAAAACAAGAUUGGAGUAACAGCUCAUAUUGGUGGCUUCCUAACAGGUGUAUUUCUGGGCAUUGUAAUUCUGAAAAAUGUUAACAAGUUGACUUGGGAGAAAACUCUGGGCUGGAUAACUCUUGCAUUUUACUUAGCUUUUGUUGCAUUUUGCUGUCUUUUUAAUGCAUUCUACAAUGGAUAUCCGGAAACUGACUGGACAUCUCUAUAGUAAAAUAUCAAAUUGAUUAAAGAUUUGCAUGUGCAGUAG